AUGACGCAGCUGGCGGAAGCGGCGCGGCAGACGGUGAAGAGUUGCGGAGACACCGACUUACUUCUGCUUCUUUUCUUCUCCUGUUUUAUUUUAUUAGAACCGGUUUAGUUUCGUGUUUCUGAAGCGGAACGGAGGAAGAAAAGACGAGCAGUUCCCGCGUCAUUUCCAGCGAUGGAUCACAUGAGCCACAGCGGCAUGGACCACACCCACCACCAGCAUCACACUAUGGCCACGCCCACCAGCAGCGGCCACGACCACAGGGGAGGAGGAGGAGAAGAUGGGGGCCACGGGGGCCACGGGGACCACGGCGGCAUGGUGAUGACCUUCUACUUCGGCUACACCAACGUGGAGCUGCUGUUCCCUGGGCUGCUCAUCAACUCACCUGGAGGGAUGGUCGCGGCCUGCAUCGGCGUCUUCCUAUUGGCCGUCCUGUACGAGGGGCUGAAGAUCGGCCGUGAGGUUCUGCUGCGGCGCAGUCAGGUCAACGUGCGCUACAACUCCAUGCCGCUGCCAGGGGCUGAUGGGACGGUGCUGAUGGAGACGCACAAGACGGUCGGCUGCUUGGAGGGGGUGGAGCUUCCUGUUGAAACAAAGUCCCGCCUCUCCAGGUUGUCUCCCAGGCAGCGGAUGCUAAGCCCCGCCCACUUCCUGCAGACGCUGCUCCACAUUAUCCAGGUGGUCGUCAGCUACUUCUUGAUGCUUGUCUUCAUGACCUACAACGGCUACCUGUGCAUCGCCGUGGCGAUUGGCGCCGGCAUGGGCUACUUCCUGUUCAGCUGGCGGAAGGCGGUCGUGGUCGACAUCACUGAGCACUGCCAUUAGCUAGCGUGCUAGUUAGCAUCACGUCUGCUGAUCACAAUCGAUUAACGCUAACUAACACCUCACCCUGCUAGCAUGCUAGCCGUAUGCUAGCAUGAGUAAAACAAAGUUAGCUCGUAAACUGACACACUAAAUUACAAAUGUUACCAGGUAACCACGGUAACCCCAGUCACACCGUAGGUUAGCUUACAUGCUAACAAAGUUAAUCCUUAAAAACAUCGCAAAUGUUUCUUCUGUGGACUUCCUGUUGGAGAGUCAGCUAGCCAAUCAGAGCUCGGCUCCCUUCAGAGGUUUCUGAUAGGCCAAAUCUAUUUGUUUGUUGUUUUUUUUUUGUGCCAUGACAACUGGACUCGUUAGCAUACGUAGCUUUAGAAGAGCCACCAAUCAGGACGCAGGAUUAUUUCUUGGAUCAGGCGACGUUAAAAUCCGUCUUCAUGAAUCGGUUGCUGCUGAUUCAUCGACCGAUCAGAUGAAAAUAAAGAUUAAAACAGAGAAGAGUUCUAACUUCUCCUGUGUUUGGUUUAGUUUGAGUCUGUAAAUGUAUAAACACAGAACCAUUUUAAAAUCAUAUAUCCAGAGCUGAGCCAUCAGACGUUUGAUGGAGAUCAUCCUAGAAACACCUCCAGGAUCCUUUUUAAAGAACCCAUCAUGAACCUGUUGAAGAUAGAAGGUUCUCUGGCCUUAAAGCCGCCACCUGCUGCCUUACUGUAGCCUCACAUCCUGCUGGGGGCGCUCUAACGCUCUGCUUCAGUCUGUGUGUCGUAGGAACGUCUUUACUGUCGUGCUUUUUACUUUACUGGAGUGGAGUCACAUCGAGGGGGCGGAGUCUGAUGGUGGACCAAUGAGAUGCAGGGACAGAUGGUUACUGGAGUUCUGUUCAGAUAAACUUCUCUAUGAUCUGCUUCUAGAACAGCGCCUCCUGGUGAGCCCCCUGGUGGAAGAACAUGAAGUUUUAUGAUGUCAAACGUCUGUGAAGGAAACGGUUUUAUCUGGACUUUAGCGUGUUUUAAAUGUCACAAAUGCUGGAAUCAAUAAAAAGUGAAUUAAGUAGAA